GUGAACCUGGUGAACUGGGAGGGGCUCUUCGUGUCCGACCAGGACCUCUUCACCAACGCCACCACCCGGCCCAUCGUGGAGCGCUUCGCGCGCAGCCAGCGCGACUUCUUCGACCAGUUUGGCGUGUCCAUGGUCAAGAUGGGCCAGAUCAAGGUGCUCACCGGCGACCAGGGCCAGGUUCGCCGCAACUGCUCCGCUCGCAACACCGGCACUGCUGACGGCCUCCAGUGGUCGUCCCUGGUGCAGACCGUCGUCGACGCCGCCGCGGAGAGCCUCGGUUUCUAA